AUGGAGCAAGAAAUCAUUGAGGAGCUGCAACACCUCUGUUUGACUAAGGAGGAAACAGAGGAUAUCCUAAUUUCUGCGCAAAGUCGGGAUGAUCUUUUGGAAGAAUGCUCAUUAAGCCUAUUUGGAAGACUACUUUCAGAUAGGCAGCAAAACUUGAGAGCUCUGAAAAACACAUUGAAGGCAGCAUGGAAGAUGGGAUCCGAGCUGAGAAUAGUAGAUGUUGGGAACAAUACUUUGCAAUUUAAAUUUGGCUCCAGCUAUCAGCGUGAUUGGGUUGAAAACAGUGGGCCAUGGAACUUUGAGAAUAAUUUGUUUCUUCUUUGUAGGUGGAAGAAAGGCCUCACUGCUGCAAAUAUUGUAUUUACUCACUCCCCCUUUUGGGUUCAGCUAUGGGGCUUACCAUUUGAGCUCAUGUCAGAAGAAGUAGGACAGGACAUUGGAAGGAGUUUAGGGCGUUUGAUAAAGGUUGAUAAAAGGGCUAGUCAAUCGGAUCAAGCCAAAUUCCUACGCAUUAGAGUGGAUCUCCCAAUAGAAAAGCCACUUCGUAGAGGAGGGCAUAUAGUAAACAAGAGUGGUGAAAAAUUUUGGAUCAAUUUUAGAUACGAAAGGCUUCCCACAUUCUGCUAUCUGUGUGGUCUGCUUGGCCAUGAUGACAAGCACUGCAGAAUUCAUGCAGAUUGGCAAAACACGCCAAAGCAAUAUGGAGAGUGGCUAAAAGCAAAUGGAGCUUUCAAUGGUGGAAGUGCAAAGCAAAUGAACUUCAGCAGUAAAAACUUCAGUGCAAGAAAAGAUGUUAAUGGCAGUGAAGGCCAGACCGUUGCUGAAAAUUUUCUGCAUGUUACACCGGCGGGUUGCAGAGAUGGAAAUGUCAAUGGUGGGUGUUUUCAAAAUUCAAAAUAG